GUCGCUUAUUAAAGAAGGGUCUCCUGGGAAAUGCCUAGCUAAUCUCGGAUUUCUCUUCAACUUCCCAGAAUAAUCCCAACCUCGAGAUCUCAACCUUUUCCUCGAGCAACGCCUUUACUGUGCACCAACAUGGGCUGCACCCUCAGUGCCGUUGUAGGGGAAAGAGCUGCAGCCAUCAAUGAUAUGUUGGAAGAUGAUGAAGUGAUCAAGAAGCUGUUAAUGCAUAGCUCAUCACUGUCCGACAAGUCCCGACAGAACCUGUUGUUAUUAGCGGAGCGACCCCCGGGAACAUCAGAUACGGAGGAAAUAUGCUCACCCGAUGUGGCCAGGGUAUCCGAGUAUUCCGAACUUCUGGAUCGGAAGGACCUAAGACCGUUCAUGCAUCUACAGCCCGCCGAUGUCGGUCUUGCAGGAAACCUUCGAAGGGACUUCGAGCGUUGGAAGAAAGAGCCGAUGACCUUCUUCGAGGGCCUCGAUAUGGAUACGGGUGUCAAUAUUGACCUCUCGGGGUACCUCUCCAGGCAAAUCCAUCAUGCUAACCUCCUCAAAAGGGGCGGUCUCAAGGACCGCAUCAGAUCAAGGUUCUUCAAAGUCUUCUUUAUUCAGGCUGAAAGUAUCUGCCACGCUGGCUUCGGUAAGCUGGAGCAACGGAUGUGGCGGGACUGGGCCAGUCGUGGUCGCACGUACAACUAUCUCAGGCGGAAUUUGGGUUCUGGAUGCCUCUUCUUGCUACCAACCGUUGUUGGCGAUACUAUCUGGGAGCGCCGGCUUUCAGCCAAGGGCAAGGAGCGAGAAGAGGUAAUGCAUAGACUGAGACUUUUAGGUAUCACGAAAAACGCCCGCGAGCUCCAGGCAGAGACACUGGAAGAAAUCAUUCUAACAAAGCUCCUCGCACCCCUCCGAGUCACAUCCGGUUAUUCUGCACCAAUGUCAACGCCAGCCAGUUCCACUGACGACGCGCAAGGCAACGUGGCUCUCGUCACGACACGAAUUAACAGACAAUCCGAACAAGUCUUUUACCGAAUACCGAUCAUUUUCGACUACGACUCGCCCAUCUUCAUUUGCGUGCAGAACGGGGAUGUCGAGGGAAUGAGGGCUCUGUGGAUGUCAGGCUCGGCGUCUCUCGACGCGGUCGACCCGUACAAUCUUGGUUUGCUCUAUUAUUCAACGUAUUAUUGCUGGCGGAACCGAGGUAUUGAGACUUCAGUCGCCACAUUCGAAGCUUUGGUCCAUGCUGGUGCCAACGUUCGGUGGGUGGAUAAUCUCGGGAAUACCCCAUUGGACACGAUGAUCGACAUCUUUCUUGUAGAGUCUGCUAUGAGAGGCCAUUCCUUUAUGGCGCUUUUAAGCAAGCUGAGUGGGCUCUUCGGGAAACCCGCCGAGGAAAUUUGGUUAUCAUACCUGUCCUCGAAAGGGUUUACGGACUUGCACAAUGUGUUGCUCAGGCUCAACGCAGACAUUUCACUGGAAGAAUAUCUCACGAAAACGGUCUUGGACAAUGGGGAUCUAAGCAUUCUACACGCCAGGGAUCUCACAGGCAGGACGGCUCUAGAUUGGGCUGUCGAGCAUGGCUGGUUGUGUGCCGCGAAAUCUUUGAUACGCUGUGGAGCUGAUGUCAGACAGAGCAGAUAUGGCGGCUUAUCUAUGCUUCAUCUCGCCUUGGCUGGGCCGGUCUCUGAACGAGGAGCCUCGUUUUUGGAGAUCGUAAAGCUUCUCCUCGAAAAUGGAGCGGACGCCAACGCAGUAGACGACGAGGGCUGGACGCCGCUACACAUAGCCGCAUCUUGGGGUUCAGAUUCGGCUGUGGAACUUCUACGAAAAUGCUCUGAUGACACUCUUCUUACAUACUGUUGGGAGACUGCGGAUCAGUUGGCUCAGAAGAACCGCGAUGGGCAAUCCUUGACCAAAAACAUUUGUACCUAGUCUACCUCUGCCACACGUGGCAUUUCUCCCUCAUGAAGAAUGUCCCGUGUUUACCAGGGCCAUGAGUCCAAAGGUACAUUUGCCCUGUUCUCGUUCGAUGUACUCGCGAACAACACCCAGUCCACCCAUAGCGAGCAUGUCGUCUCCGGGCCCGAGUACCAGACCCCUAUCAAGAGGGCCCUUCCGGUCACCAUCCAGUUCGUACAAAUGCCCGUUCCUAUGAGAUUGGACGAAGCACACAAAAUGAUAGUCCACCUCGUCCUCGGCGUUCUCUGGCACUUCUGAUAUCCCUUCGACCGCAACCUGUUUAUACACACGCUCAAGUUCGACCGAAUUCUCAAGGUACACAGAUCGCUCGUGCGGCAACAGGGAGGAGCAGUCGCCGAUUAGAGAGGCAAAGAAUGAUCCGUGACCUUCACACGUCAGUAAAUCCAUUGAAGUAGUAACAAAAAUCAUGCUUACCGACGAGAUCCCGUGCGGGCCCGUUGCUGAGCGCAUGGAGGAUGCUAUAGAGUCCACAUGCAUUGUUGAUGGUUUGCAUAAACCACAUGAUGUCCUCGUUAUCUGCCUCGGAAUGGCUGUGUGCCGCGUCUUCGCGCGCCCGCUCCUCCUCAUAUCGGUCAGUCGUAGGGAAGACCAGAAUCAAGGCGAGUGCUGGGUGGGGUAGCAGGUCUGGAUCAUCCAGUGAUACAACAUCUUGGAACUCGAGAUGAUGAGAGGUGCCAAGACAGCGGAUCAGUCUAUUGAAUACGUCCGGGUUUGAUUCCAGCGGGAGAAAAUGUUUUCGGUACGAUGUAGACAUGUUUGAUGCGUGCAUCAUCAC